AGGACUCGCGACUGGCCCUCGAACGGUACCUUCACUACUUCAACCGCUACCAAAACCACGAGAACUCGUUAGCGAUGGAAUCUUCUCUAGUCAAGACAGUGAAAGAGAAGAUAUUGCUUCUACAGACCUUCAAGAUGUCUUGGAUUGAAGCUCAAUUCUUGGAAAAAGCAAAAGACAUCCUCCGAGCAUGUCGAACCACCAUGAAAUACACAUACGUCUUUGCCUUCUAUCUCCAGAAGUGUCAUCAACAGGAUAUAUUUGAGGAUAAUCAAAAGGUUCGUCUACUCCGCCUGGUCCCUCACGCCCGAUGUAUGCAUGGUCAAUACAUACACCCGAUGUAUGCAUGGUCAAUACACACACCCGAUAAUCUUGAGUUCGUUGUGGAGUCGCUGUCGGGUCUAUUGGAGAAAGUGAUGCCGCUCAAUCAAACCGAAGCAGACGUGCAGAAGUUUAAGCAAGAGGUUUUAGACAAAGGCUCCUACUGCGAAAGCCGGCGGCAAAAGUUACUCGACCACGUGCAAAUGGGCUGGGAUGAAAAUCUUUGGGAGUUCAAGAACUAAUCAGUUGUUCGGAAAUAAAUUUAGUUAUACAUUUUGUAUAUACCGAGUACAGUACAUACGAUUGAGAGGUCCGCAUGCAAGUUUCAAGCGUGUUGUACACACUCAUAGCAUCGAGAGCCAUGCCUG